AGAUGACAAACACGUCUUGUCUAGUGAUCCUAUCGUUUUGUGUUUUCAUUGCAAUUGAUGCAGCUUCAGCCCCUAGACGUGUCUGUUACUUCACCAACUGGUCAUGUGAUCUCCUAGUAAAGGAAGCCCACUUUUGUCUACAGCAUAUAGAUGCUAGCCUAUGCUCUCACAUCAUCUACGCUUUUGUCGGCAUCAAUGUCACGUCACUUUCUUUAUCACCCUCGAGAGUUGAUGACGAAAGUCAUGGCGAUGUUCAGGGAACAUUUGUCCGGUUUAACAAACUGAAGACAAUUGAAAGGAACUUGAAAACUCUGCUAAGUGUUGGAGGGUCCUACCAAACCGAAAUGUUCGUUCAGGUGACGUCAUCGCCAACUAAAAGGAAAGAGUUUGCUGCCAACACAGCCCAUUAUGUCAGGCAUUGGGGCUUCGAUGGGCUGGAUAUAGAUUGGGAAUUUCCACAAGAAUCACACAAAGCGGAUUUGACGUCACUUCUAAAGGAUCUGCGAACGGCAUUCAGAGAAGAGGUAACUAUCUCAGGGAAGAAGGAACUCCUCCUUUCGAUAGCCGCCCCUGCUAGUGACGAGAGGAUAAACAGCGGCUUCCAGGUCAAAGAAAUUAGUCAGUAUGUAGACAUGAUCAAUUUGAUGGCCUACGACUUUUAUGGUGCGUGGGGUGAAAUCACAGGUUUCAAUAGUCCACUCUAUCCAAGGACGUCUGACACGCGCUUCUCUUUUAAACAUUGUGUGGAGUGGACUGUCAAUCUCUGGCUUAUGCUUGGGGCUCCGGCGUCCAAACUAAAUCUUGGCAUAGCGGGCUAUGGUCAAUCCUUUACAUUAGACACGGCAACACGGAACACGUCCGACACGGCAACACAGAACACGUCCAUCACGGCAACACGGAACACUUCUGACCAUCCAACCUUAGAUAUCACAGACAGACUUUCAACAUCAUCGAUACGAAACGCGAAGUUCGACCCUAAGCCUGAUCCUAACCAGAUAUUUGAUGCACAACAAUCAACUCGGGUUAGCUCCCCAGUAAACGGAAAACAAACGCCUAACCCCCCAGUGAACGGAAAACAAACGCCUAACCCCCAAGUGAACGGAAAACAAACGCCUAACCCCCAAGUGAACGGAAAACAAACGCCUAACCCCCAAGUGAACGGAAAACAAACGCCUAACCCCCCAGUGAACGGAAAACAAACGCCUAACCCCGCAGUGAACGGAAAACAAACGCCAGUGAACGAGAAACAACUAGCGAUUUUGAACUGCUCAAGCCAAAGUCUCUUGUGCUCUCCCCUAGAGUCCGAUCUGGAGAAUUACGUCGAGGAAUUUCGGGCCAAUAGUGGCGGGGAUUAUUACCCGGAGCUUACAGAACUUGUCAAGCGCAGUCAACUCAAGUCUAUUGACGACUUGCAUGAUCCACUGACACUUGACACGCCAACCACCACGAUGAAAUCGGCGACAGGUGAACUUGCAGACAUAUUAUCACGUGAGCAGUCAGCUGAAAGUGUAGCCACAUUAUCACGUGAGCAGACAGCUGAAAGUGUAGCCACAUUGCCACGUGAGCAGUCAGCUGAAAGUGUAGCCACAUUAUCACGUGAGCAGACAGCUGAAAGUGUAGCCACAUUAUCACGUGAGCAAUCAGGUGAAAGUGUAGCCACAUUAUCACGUGAGCAAUCAGGUGAAAGUGUAGCCACAUUAUCACGUGAGCAAUCAGGUGAAAGUGUAGCCACACUAUCACGUGAGCAAUCAGGUGAAAGUGUAGCCACAUUAUCACGUGAGCAAUCAGGUGAAAGUGUAGCCACAUUAUCACGUGAGCAGUCAGCUGAAAGUGUAGCCACAUUGCCACGUGAGCAAUCAGGUGAAAGUGUAGCCACAUUGUAUGGUGUAGGAUCCAGAUCAGUGGGAAAGGGCCAACCAGGCAGAUUACGUCACCUUGACGGACAGCUGUCAUACCCCGAGAUUUGUGAAAGCUCGAUAAAACAUCAAAGCCAAAUGUCUUGGGAUGAAGAGCAACAAGUUCCAUUUGUCACCUUCAAUAACCAAUGGGUCAGCUUUGAUAACGUACAGAGUGUCAUUACCAAGGUGAAGUGGGCUUUGAGCAAGGAUUUGGGAGGGAUCAUGUUCUGGUCGCUUGACCUCGAUGAUUUCACGGGAGAUUACUGCGGCGAAGGUCGUUUUCCCUUACUGUCAGCAAUCACCGCCACUUUGCUAACUUCCUCUCCCAGCAGUCAGGAGUUGAACUCAGAUUCAGAAUCCCCGACCUUCAAUGAAGUUUUUCCUGCUAAUCAAACUGUUGGCUUAAAUGAUAGUAAACAAGACAUGGUGCUAAACCCAAUCCCACCAAACAGCACGUCGUUGGGGGGGCAAGGGGAAGGAACUGAAAUAAUGUCCCCUCAGGCAGCCAGUGAUAGCUCACACAACGUUCUGAGAAAAGAUCAAUUGUCGACAACCACGACCUUGUACAAGAGAAGGGAACAUAUGGUCAACCGGACAAGUUCAAUGACCAAAUCUCCUCAGUUAGUUGAUCGCACGGCUAGUCGUAACGUUCAAUCGACGAACAUUAAUUUGUUUGAUUACGAAGAGGAAAAAGUUAACGACUAUUACUACUACAUUGCUUUCAGGGCCGAACCUGCUGCCAACAGUGCUAAGUCACCAGGGUGGCGUGUCGCAGGGUCGCCUGUCGCAGGGUCGCCUGUCGCAGGGUCGCCUGUCGCAGGGUCGCCUGUCGCAGGGUCGCCUGUCGCAGGGUCGCCUGUCGCAGGGUCGCCUGUCUCAGGGUCGCCCGUCGUGAAAAACAUGCCAACAAGCCCAAUCCAAGACAGUCCAGCACCACCAGACCAAACGAGACAAGCUAAACAAAGACCUACUGCACACAACACUGCUCUUCAAGCUGGAUCUUCUUUACUUCACCAUUUGAUGUCUCUUCUAUACUUCAGACUCUCCAUGUUAAUUAUGGGUUAUGUGCCUUAACACACACACACACACACACA